AUGAGAAAGAAUCUAAAGCCGGCUGAUCGAUACUCCCUAGUUGAGACCACACCUUUAGAAAUGAAAGGAGUCAAGGGUGGCGAAUUGGAUUGUCCAAGGAGAGGUGGACCGCUUUGGGAAAAUCGCAAAACUCAUGGUAUAACGAAGCUUCGGAAGUUUGGCCGCGCGCGGAGGAGUUCCCGACGUCCAAAAGUUACGAUCUUGAUAUGGAAAGAUAGAUACUUGAGUCAUGCAUCACGUCGAAGUGGAAUGAAGCCAUUUGGAUCAACUAUGAGGCCUAGACUUAUUUUCUACCGAGACAUGUCCGGUAAGCGAGUAAACGAAGCCCAUGGAGGAUUUGGAGUGUCUAAUGGCCCGAGCAGCAGCGCCAAAGGCCUUGAUCGAAUAGAGAAGAGGCCUGGCUAA